AUGUGCAUCAGCCAGCCGGUAUCUUCAUCAAGCCGGAAGUCCUGCCCAAGCAGAUCUCAGGUCAGAAACAGGCAUUCCAAGCAAAGUUCCAAACGGCAUGUAGAUUUGGUGACUGAUUACAAGACAAGACCAGACCGUAUGAACUUUAGAUGUUCAGAAAGUGAAAAAUCACUCGAAAUCCAAGUAGAUGGCUAUGUGCAAGUCUCAAGCCAGUUUGUUCUAAUUCCGGGUUCCACAUACUUCAAAACCAAUAACGACGGGACUCCUCCACAAUGGGACGAAGUCUCGUUCGUGAAAGUUCUGAACAAAGGCGAUUUAGUGUGCCCUAUAUGUCUUUAUCCUCCUGUCACACCACGAAUGGGAAAGUGUGGACAUAUCUACUGUUGGCCCUGUGCAUUACAAUAUAUAAAAUACGAAAAUGAAUCCGACAUCAAGAAGUGUUCUGUCUGUCCGUCCCUGUUGGCACUUAAUGAGUUGAAGAGGGUAUCCUUAACCUGUAUUACCCCAACGAAGGUCGGUGACGAGAUACGCUUGGAACUAGUUAAGCGUUCAGGACCUUGUGUAACUCCUCUUUUAUCUCCUCAAACUUGUGAAUCUACAUCUGGGCCACUUUUCGAGUGUGUAUGCGUCGCUGAUCCAGUAACAAUAAAGAACAUUCACGAGUCUGAGAUUGAUGAACUUCGUACGUAUAGAACUAUUUGUGAAGUAGAUGAAAACAACAUGGAGCUGAUUCCGUUCAUUGACUUUGUAUUUGAAGAGCUGAGUCAGGAAGAAUUGCUUCAAAAACCUUGCAGUAACAGUUCAGCUAAGCCUUGUGAAUCUUGCAGUCAAGAUAUUAAUGAAGUUUCUACAAAUAAAACCUACUUUUACCAAGCUGCUAAUAGUCAACCUAUUUUCUUGGAUAGCCUAGGUUGGCGAUGUCUGCUAACCGAGUACACAGAGGUGCAAAACCUUCCGAAAGAGAUUGUCGCAACUGUCGUAUCAACCAGAAGUUUUCGGAUGAAUCCAUCUUUGCGAAAACCACUGAGAUAUCUGAACCAUUUACCUGACGGAUACGCUUUCAAUUUAGUGGAAAUAAAGCUAGAACCACCGUUGGUAUCUGAGCUAACACUGUCUCAUUUUGCAACAGCUUUGAAUAACCGUGCAUUGGAACGAGAUCGAAGUCGUCUUGAGGAUCUGAAACUUACUGAGUUGAAAGAAGCAGCUGAAAACCAAUUUAUGUCAUUGCGUGAAUUAAUCAGUCGAGCAUGUAUACCUGGAAUAUUAAACAAAGCUUAUGAUCAUACUGGAACAAAUUCUUUAAAUCUUUGUGAAUUAUGCACUGGUGGUAAUGCUGAUCGAUGUCGUCGAGAUAAUUUAGAAUUGUAUUAUGGAGAUGCUGGAGCAUUUCGAUGUUUAAUAGAAGGUGCAGAUAUCGCGUUUGCUCGACAUACAACAGUUCAUACCAAUACUGGUGGAAGAAAUCCAAAUUUUUGGGCACGUGAUUUACGUGAAGAUAAUUAUGAAUUAUUAUGUCCAGAUGGGAGACGUGCUGAAGCACAUGAUUGGUUACAUUGUAAUCUUGGCAAAAUUCCGAGUAAUGUUGUAGUGACAGCUAAUUAUAAAUCUGAAAAUGAACGAACUAAUAUGUGGCGUUUAUUACAAUAUGGUCAAGAAUAUUAUUCAUCUGAUAAUGAUCCAGUUUUUCAAAUGUUCAAUUCUGAAUUUGGUCAAAAAGAUUUAAUAUUUAGUGAUGAUACAGAGAGUUUAAAUUUAAUUCCAUGGGAAAAUCAAACUUACGAAGCAUGGCUUGGUGUAAGAUUUAUACAAAUUAUUGAAAAUUUACAAAUUAUAUCAAAUCAGUAUGAAAAUGGUUUAUAUAAUAAUAAUGGUAUUAGUAUACAUCAUAAAUUAAUCAAUCAAUCGACAUUGUAUCAUUAUGUCAGCCGAUAUCUGUUAACUAUACUGAUUUGUUUUUAUACAUAUGUUAACUGUUAA